AUGGACAGUCCAGGCAUGGACCUGGAGGAAGGAGCAACGUUAAUAGAAGAGCUGAGUGACUGGCCUGCCCUCGACGAUAUAUUCUGUGACGAUGCCACAAAAUUUGAGGGAGGUCAAGGCGAGCAAACUGACAUAGAUACCGUAAUUGUCGCCACCUCACCGUUUGGUUUGGACUUCAACCCGUCCGCAGUCAAAGCUGCCUUUCAAAUUAAUGACCUUGAAUUGGAGGACCCAGAAUGCCUUGCCUAUGAACCGCCCUUGCACGCAGAGAAAGGACGGUUGUGGGCCGCGCGGGCAGACCGGGUGCUGGGAGAAGGCGCCAAGCACCUGGAAGAAAAUUUGGUGUGCCGACAAGCGAACAACUCGAGCCGGGCAGUCUACAUGGCUAGAAUGGAUUGCAAGGACCAAUGGGUGAUCAGCAACAAGGCCCACAACACUUAUUUUCGAAGCCCGGCCGAGUUUAUGCAAGAUAUGUGGAAGCGGCGCUGUUUGCUAGCCUUCCUCUUCGCCGCAUAUUCGAUCGCCAAGGCCGCAUGACCCUCUAUCUCUCAGACCACCAAGUUGUAAAAAUGGGCCCAAACGAGUACGCUUCGCUCUGUGUCACUGAACCCGCGCCUCCCUCCCGGCACGUUACCACCCGUCCUGACGUAACUCGUUUGAGGUCGACGCAUCAUCCCUGCAACAGUUCGAGUGCUUCCAUGUUCCGGGUCGCUUCGGGGGACAUGCGACGGAGGCAAGCUUGCGAUGUAAGCAAACAAUGGUCUCGAGCAGGCGAAAUCAGGUGGCCUGAUGAUACCACGGGCCGGGGGGCGGACAUGCGCGAAGAAAAGGCAUUUAAUGUCCUCAGAGUAUCGGAAGAAUCCCCUGCCUCGCCCACUUCUACUUUUUCCACCAUGCCACGCGCUGACCCGGAAAUGCUUGUACCCUGUAUUGCCAGCAUUCCUGUAGUGUCCCCUGAUUUGGUCACGAGUAAAAGUUUGCCAAAAUCAUUAAAAAAAGAUCAAAGUACCAGUAUUUUUGGGCCCCCAUUGCUCUCUCGCGCGCGGCCUCCACCUCGUCCACCCUGCUAGCGGCCGCGGUACCGACGUCCUGCCCAUGCUCUCCGAGCGUCUUCGCCCGAUUUUGUUUCGCUGCUUUUUUGGGAUGGCAGCACGCAGAAAAAUGAGCUAGGAUACGGGCAGCAGUCAACAGAAGAUCAAAGGAAGGGCAUGGUGUAGAAUGAAUGAAGUCGGACGAACGGAAAUAUGUAUCGAUGGCUCAACAGAAAAUGAGUUUCACAAUGAAAGUUGUAUUGGGAAAUGAAAUGGGCAUAUAAUCACAGUAUAACUGCUCAAAUGUCAAAUGUACCACUGUAAAAAGUUAAAUACUUGCUAAUGGAUGUAAACU